AUGCAGUCCGUUAGAACACCUCAGUCACCCACAACAACAGGCAACAGCAAAAAAAUAGAAAAAGCAUCUCUUCUCUCUUCAUUCAACCACUCAUCAAUGGGCGCCGAAGGAGACAACGCAGAACUAGGUUCAGCCGAUGGCUACGCUUCAACUGUGAACUCAAUUGAUUUAUUGAGGUGUUCACCUGGUAUGGCUGACUUGUUUCGACGAUUGUAUCAAAUCAGAAUUGAUUGCGGAGAGAUUGUAGGUGAUGGUUUGGAUAAACAACGACAAAUUGAAAUGCAAGAGUUUCAAAAGAAGUUGAAAAAGUUGGAUAAAUUUGAAAGACAAAAGGUCAUGGUUAAACAAGCCAUUGAUCAAACCGAAUCUCUCAUUCAACAAAAGAGAAAGAGUAGUGGUAACGAUCCUCGUCUCAACAAUGACAUCAACAAGGCAGUCACCAAGAUGGACAAAGAAAUGAAAGAAUUAGAGAAAAUCCAUCAAGAGGCUGUGAACAAAAAAAAAGCUGAUAUCAAAAACUUUAAAGAUUAUAUCAAAUAUGUGAAAGCAGAACAUAAAAAGCUUGUGACAGGUAUUAUGGACGAGGAGGAUGAUGGUUUACCAAAACGUGAUGUUAAAUUCGAUUCUAUUGACAUGUUAGAAAAGGCAAAGAAUGAAGUUCCAACUGUUGACAUUAGUGAAGGCCUAGAACAAAUCGAAGCUGCCAAAAGACAAGUAGAAGAAAAAGUUGACAUUUUGUUGGGACAAAUACAAAAGAUUGGUGGAAUUGCAAACUCCAUCUCUGAUGAAUUGGACAAACAAGCUCAAUUGCUUGACAAAAUGAGUGCUGACGUUGACAAGUAUAACAAGACAUUGGACGAAACAAACAAAAAGCUUGUGGAAGCUAUUGAAAAAGCAGGUGGUGCGACACGUCUCAUUAUCAUUGCCAUCAUUUUCAUUAUUAUUAUUGCAUUGUUGGGUGUUGGAUGGUUAUUGAUUCAAAUUUUCGUUCCUUCACUUGGACUUGGAAUUGGAUAA